AUGACUGAAAGGUUAAUAAUAUCUGCUCCAUUCUACAUAAGGGAGUCCAAUACUGAAUGCGGCUAUUGUCAUGGAAAAAAGCCCAUAGAGCAAGACUAUUCGUUGCAAUCGUGGUCUCAGUUCCUCCAAGAAGACGGAGACAAUAUUGCAUUUGAAAAUGCCACGUUAGGAUUUCAAGCAGAGUCUUUGUCAGUCGAAAUGUAUGACAAAUUAUGUAACAUAGGGUUUAGAAGAUCCGGGAAGUUUCUUUACAAGACAGAUAUGCUGAGAAAUUGCUGCCGUCUCUAUACUAUAAGAACUACUUCAAAGCAAGUGCGGUUUUCCAAAGAGCUGAAGACUAGCGUUAAAAGAUAUAAGAAGAGCAUUAGGGAUGACGAUGUCCAAGAUCAAAAACUCUCAAAUAGCAAUAACACGACCAACCGAGAGGUGGACUAUUUUAAGGAAAUGAUUGAAGGUGAGAGGAAUUCAAACUGUUUCAAAUGCGUUUUUGAACCUGCUGUAUUCACAAAGGAAAAAUAUGACCUUUUCGUAAAGUAUCAGGAAAAUGUUCAUAAGGAUCAUAUCAACAGUGAGAAGUCUUUCAAAAGAUUUCUAUGCGAUUCACCUUUCUCUGAAGAGACUAUUAUCGGUACACAGGAAGAAUGGGACGAACUCAAUAACUGGAAGGAUUUCAAGAAGAAUGAUAGAUUGAAACGAUUGGGUCCAGCUCAUGAAUGCUACUAUUAUAAAAAUAAUUUGAUUGCUGUAGCAGUAGUGGAUAUAUUACCGUCAGGCAUAUCUUCAGUAUAUUUCAUUUGGGAUCCAGACUACCAUAAGUGGUCACUUGGGAAGCUCAGCGCAUUAAGGGAGCUGUGCAUCACAGAGCGACUAAACCUCGGUUAUUAUUAUAUGGGCUACUAUAUCGAGGAUUGUCCAAAAAUGGCUUACAAGGCAAAGUAUGGAGGCGAAUUACUAGAUAUCUGUCGACAUGAAUAUAUUCCCAUAGAAAAACUGAAAGAAAAUGUAAACCUGGAGAAGCUUUUUACCUUUCAAAAUGAAAGUUCUGAGGUAUUUAGCGAGCAGCAUCUAAACGACAAGCUUAAGGGACCCCCAACUUUGAUGGACUCCAAGUCAAAUGCCAGAAACACUGCAGAUUCAGUGUAUGGUCCAGAGGGAACCGCUGUAAUCAAUGCGAAUGCUGCUGCACGGAAGUUGUCAGACUUAGGCAUUCCAUAUGAGGUCACUCAGGAUAGAAGUAUCUAUGGGAAUCAUAGUGAGACAAGUACGGCAAAGGAUUACAGAAAUUUUCCAAACGUAUUCCCCGGUUUAGUGCCUUUGCCAGAGAUACUUGAAAUGGUAGAAAAGGGUAAACUAAACAUGCUCAACUAUGGACUUCUUUUCUAUGACACGAAGCUGGGAAAUAUACGUCCAAUGUCGAAUUUUGAAAAGGAAUCAUCGCACAUCAAGAAACUAGUUUGUGAUAUUGUAAGAUGCAUUGGGUUGCACAACACAAUUGAUGCUUUAAUUAUAAUAUAA